GGCAGGCCGGCGGCUUGACUUGGGGCUGGGCCCGGCGGCGCUGCUGCUGCUGCUGCUGCGGCCGUUCGGAGCUGCCGGAGCUGUCGGAGCCGCCGCCUCCUAGUCCUCAGUCCUCAGCCAUGGCCAUGGCGCCCCUGAGAGUGUGCAUCGUGGGCUCGGGCAACUGGGGCUCAGCUGUGGCCAAAAUCAUUGGCAAUAAUGUCAAGAAGCAUCAGAAGUUUGCCCCAAUGGUCAAGAUGUGGGUCUUUGAGGAAACGGUGAAUGGACGGAAACUGACAGACAUCAUCAAUAACGAUCACGAGAAUGUAAAGUACCUCCCCGGACACAAGCUGCCUGAAAAUGUGAUUGCCGUCCCAAGUCUCAGUGACGCUGUUGGAGACGCAGACCUCCUGGUCUUUGUGAUUCCUCACCAGUUCAUUCGCAGGAUUUGCGAUGAGAUCACGGGGCAAGUUCCCAAGAAAGCUCUGGGGAUUACCCUCAUCAAGGGAAUUGACGAGGGUCCCGAAGGGCUCAGACUUAUUUCCGACAUCAUCCGAGAGAAGAUGGGCAUCGAUAUCAGCGUGCUGAUGGGCGCCAACAUCGCGAAUGAGGUGGCUGCUGAGAAGUUUUGUGAGACCACAAUCGGCAGCAAGGUUCUGGAGAACGGGCUUCUCUUCAAGGAACUCCUCCAGACCCCGAAUUUCCGAAUCACCGUCGUGGACGACGCAGACACAGUAGAGCUAUGCGGAGCGCUCAAGAACAUCGUGGCGGUGGGAGCCGGCUUCUGCGAUGGGCUCUGCUGCGGAGAUAACACCAAGGCCGCCGUCAUCCGCCUGGGGCUCAUGGAGAUGAUCGCCUUCGCCAGGAUCUUCUGCAAGGGGCAGGUGUCCACCGCCACCUUCCUGGAGAGCUGCGGCGUGGCCGACCUGAUCACCACGUGCUACGCGGGCCGGAACCGGAGAGUCGCUGAAGCGUUCGUCAAGACGGGAAAGAGCAUAGAGGAGUUGGAGAGAGAUAUGCUAAAUGGCCAGAAGCUCCAGGGCCCCCCGACCGCCGCAGAGGUGCAUCGUAUCAUCAAGCAGAAGGGCAUCCUGGAGAAGUUUCCCUUGUUUACAGCCGUCUAUCAGAUCUGCUACGAAGGUCGACCAGUCCAGGAGAUGCUUUCCUGCCUCCAGAGCCACCCAGAGCAUAUCUGACAGAUGACACCGCCACGUGCCGGGCAGCCUCUGCCUUUCCGAGCGACCCCCAGGCUGUGGCAGCAAUGAUGGUGAAGGCCAGACGCUCCUUGCGUGACGUUUUACUCCACACAUGAAUGUUGGUGGAUUUCUCCAGGUUCAUUCUUUUCUAGCCCAGGUGGAGGGGGAUGGGUGGAUGGAUUUGAGACUCAUUUCAUUGGCCGAGAUGUGGGUGUUUAAAACACCAUCAUGCAAAUGUUGCACAGCUCUGUGUGUGUGUGUGUGUGUGUGUGUGUGUGUGUGUCUGUGUGCAUCUUUGUCUUCUGUGUGUGUGCACCUCCAAAACCCACUCCUGUGGAUUUUUGAAUCCAUCUUUUGGAAUUACUCCAUCGUGGUAGCUUGGGAGAUUGGGACUGUAUUGUUUCUUUUUGUUUGUUUUUAAAUUAAAACUCAUUAAUAUUAGGUCUUUGGGUGAGGGCAAUUUUGUUUUUAAAAGACAAUUAACCAGCAUUAUUGUGGUGGGUGGGAAAGAAGGAAUAACGUUUAUCUGUUGAAUGCACCAAAUAUACAGUGAGAAUUUUACCUUGGGCAGUCAAGUCAAAUCGGCAAGCAUUUAUUAAGCACCUACUGUGUGCCAGGUACUCUGUUCAGUGCCCUGGGUGGGGGUGGGAGGGAGACAGUUACAAAGAAAGGCAAAAAACCAGUGCCUGCAUCCAAGGAGCUUACAGUCUAAUAACAAGGCCAGCGUUGUUUUUUAGUAAUACUGUUGGAUGCGGUUUUUUUUAAAAUGACAUUUUAAACUAUGUUCUAUCACCUCCAUUGUUGUGAGCAUCUUGGUUGGCUCUUUUGGAAGUCCAGUGGCAACGGCAGUGGGCUGAUGUGGGGCCCCAGGCCUCUUCUGCCAUGUUGCUUCGGCUUAGAAUUUGCAGAGCAGCAUUGAGAAAACUGCAUGCCUCCCACCCACCGCCACUUCCAGAAUAGUCUUCUAAGCCUGCUUCGGGCCUUUCCCAGCUCUGUGUUGUCACCCAAUAAGAUGCUUCUUGUAAAUAGCAUCUCUCCUUGUGCCUGCUACAACUCACAAGCCUUCAGCAUCUCUGGGCCUAGCCCCCUUGGUGUGCCUGGCUUUCCAAAGAAGGUUUCAGGACGGCCAUCUUGGAGGCCUGAUGCAGAAUCAGGCCUGUGUGAUGCCUGCUAUUCAAGGCCACUUCUCUCCUCCUUGGCCUCAUCAGUAGUCAAACCAUUCUCUGUGUCUCUGUUUGCAAAGCUGUGAAAACACUACAGGUGUGAUUUUUAGCACGAUUGAAGUGGAAAGAGAAGCCCUGACCUUUGGGCCUCCAUCACCAGGGAACCAUGAUUCUUUGAAGAUGACCUGGCCAUGGCAGGUCAAGGAGGCCCUAAGAAGAUGACCUUGGCUUUCUGCCUUUUCCUCAUCCUUAGCUCAGUCGCUCUAUCAACCAGGGAUGAGGGCCGAGGGGGUAGACAAAGUCCGAGGGUUCGCCUGAGACCCAGGGAUGGCCAAUCACGCACAUUAAGACAGACCCAUCUACCAGUGUAAGCCUGUCUUCAUUUCAGAAGGCUUGCUCUGGGCUCAUGGCGAUCUUGAACUGGCUUGUUAGCCUUCACCUUAGUCCCUGUGAGAGACUGGGCAUCGUGGUGGCUAUCGCUAUCUGCUCAGAUCUCCCACAAAUUCUUUAUGAUGCAUUAAGGUAACUCCAGAAGCCAACAGAACCUAGGAGAAAUCAGCCUCGCUAAUGCGCACAUUAUGUACCAUGUGAUUUUUUUUCAUUCUGGGAUUUGAAUGGGCCUGGGUUCAGCCAGGGGACCCGACUUAUUUCUUUCGACCACCCUCUAGCAUCUGACAAAUGGUAAGGAAACGUGUGAAUGUCUCCAAGCAUUCAGGGUCUGCUCAAUCACUUUCUGAGAAACAUUUGUUCUUUAUUUUUGCUAUUGCUGAAAAUGAUUGUAGAUGAAUGUUUUAUGGGUUUUUAAAAAAUUCCAUCCCAGAUAUCACUGGGCAUUUUAGAAUCAGAAACAUGGACACCUGUGAAAAGCACAUGAAAUGCCCCAAAUUGGACCCAUUCUCGUGCUGUUAUUCUCUUAAUUGACUUCAAACCACUUGACUGGUGGGAAGCCUUUUAAAAGUUUGUACAUUCAUACAAAAAAGUUGCAUUUUAAGGUCCUUAAAGGGCAGUCCACUGAUCAGGGGGUCUCCUGUUGCACCUUAAUUGUGGGGGGCGGUUGGGGUUUUGUGGAUUCUCUUCUGCAUAAGUCUAUCUUACUCUGGGUUUUAUACAUGAGUAUUUUUUUCUUUGGACAGGCCCUGGUACCACUCUCUCUAAAUAAAGUCCAUUUAGACCUUAGACAUAUACAACAGCCACACAAUAUGGAAAGGGGCAGAUUCUUUAAGAACUUUGCACCCUGGUGAUUCAGUUUAUUGUUUCACUGCUUGUAUCCAUCUGCUGACCCCCUGUGACCUUUGGUUUGAUGUUGACUUGUAUUACCGCUUCCUGCUAACGGGGGGGGGGGGGUGCCCAUUUGUGAACGGGCAGACGACAUCGGGUGCCUUGCUAAGCGUGGCCAAUAGUGGCACGGAGCCAGUGUCCACCUCCUCGGAUUCCCCGUCUAAGAGUGGGGUGAAGGAAGGACCUAGUUUAUAAACUAAUCUUGGAGAUGUCAUGGUCCCAUUGUGUGGACCAGGUGGGUGAUGGGGAAAGGAGAUGGUGCGAGAGUGGGGUGUCCGUGGACAAAAAGAAUGUUUUCCAUUACUAAGCUUACUAACCAUCAUUUACUUUUACGUGGAUUGUAUUUGUUUGCCUCUUGUAGAUGGGCAUAUGAUUAAAAGCUUGGUACAAUAAACAUUUUAUCCCUGAA